AAGACCGACAUCAACAAGAAUAUCGCGCGGUAGGGCGGUUUUUAGACGGCGUGGUGGCUGGCCAGAAUACCGUUUGGCAGUACCGGCCGUCUUUAGUCUCGUGUCGAUUCUAGAGCGCGUCGGAAGGGUCGUUCCGGGAUCUUGUUUGUUUUUCGGUCGUCGUUCCUAACCUGGACCAGCGUCAUUAUCGUCGUCGUCGUCGUCGUCGUGGGUUUCGCAUUUCGUUACGAACUUUCGAGCUCGCAGCGGGAAAUGUUCAUCGGUAUGUGGUAUUGGUGGAACGUAAAUUUUUGGCGGUCGUAAAUAUUUUCAUACCGGUGUGGUUCCGCGCUUUCGAGGUGCACUGGUUAGAUCACGCUUGUCAAGGACUUCUUCCAGCCCAAGUCCUUCGCCAGUUUGGGGGUGGGAAGCCGAAUGAUAUGCGCGUUCUGAAAACUAUCAUCAACCAAGUGAUUUAGUGAGCGGCUGAUUUGCGGUGGGUUCAAACUUAAGAAGAUUUAAUGUGGUCGGUUUAAUGGUCUUUUAGAUGGAUGAUGAGUUGAUUCAAAGUGAGCAGUUUGCAAAGUUUUAGAAACGCAUACCGUGGCUUGAUUUAGUGCGUUCAAAGUCCUUCAAAAGGACACUUUUAUGGGCUGUAAUAAUUCCAAAAGAAUUCAACAAAUAAUUCCAUUUAAGUGGAUUGCAAAUUAUCCUUAAGCUAUGAAGAAGUCAUUAAACUAAAAAUAGUGUUUUAUAAUGUGAGCGAUAAAAAAUAAAUAUUGUUAAUACUUGGAGUGUGUAAAGAGUGUAUUGAUGAUAAAAAUCUUCUUUGAAUAAAUCAUAUUGGAUACUCAAAAACAACUAAAUUGGUUAAUUUCAAUGAUCUAAACUUAUGAUAUUUCAAGUAUUCCAAUAGGAAUAAAUAGAAGAAAUUCUCACUAUCCCUCGGUUACAUCCAAACAUCCUGAAAACUAGAGGAAGAAUAAUGUGACCAGGGAAAAACGAUAUACCAAAAAGAUACAUUAACCGUGAUUAGUGCGGCCGUUCCAGACUUUUAAAGACCAUCAGCCGAGAUAAACGGGCAAAAAAUAGGUGACCGGAAAUGAGUUAUGAGUACUAUUUCGAUAACUUCAGCAUCAUUUCGGCGGACAAUGUGAUGUUGGAUGCGAAACAGAACCUCAUCGGAAGUUGAAGUAUCUAUAGAAGGUUUCUGAGGAGGAAGUUCUUAGAGACCGGCAGAAGAGGAAAACUCGCUCCAUCGCCCAAUUCGUCCGGUCGCUGCCGAACUAAAGCCAACUGCCAAACGAUGAAAGUUUCUUAUAAAUUAUCGCAUUUCCUCAAUCUAUAUUUCAUUUUCGCGACAACGACGACGUGCACCUCACUUUCUUCGGGUUCCGAUUUGGGCGAGCAAAACUUAGCCAAACUGUUGCCUCCACCCACGACGGCCCUCCACGGGAAGAGCGCUAAAGCACAACUAGGAUCUCCAGCGGCUCCAUUCAAUCUUGGCGGCUCCCUGCCGUUUGCCGGGGCCCGAGAUAAAUCACAACAAAUUCUGAAGCAGGAACAUUCAUCGGGAGGGGAUGGAUCCAGUGGCAAAUUCUAUGCACAUCCCAAACCGGUUAAUCAUCAUUUUUCCACGUCUGAUACGUUGCUGGAAAAGCCAACAAAAUGGUCGUCCGGGGGGUUGUUGUCGGAUAGCGCCGGAAAUCGAAACCUACCACACUUGACUGGUUUUGGCGUCGAGUUCGAUGAAAGGCGUCGAUUAUUGCCAAUCUCCGAAUCCAAGGAUCCAGAAAAAUUAUCUAAACUCAAGCAAAAACUUGAAUCUGUUACUGAUGAUGACGACAACAACGAAAGCUUCCAGAUUGAUGAGCCAUCGCCAUCUAUCCUUUCCGGUCGCCACCCGGUGGAGGAGCUGACAAAUCAAGAAAUUAAGGGUGCUCGAAAUAACGGAAAGUCAUUCGAGCUAGAUUCGUCAUCAGCGUCGGUGGAAAAAGGGCAGCUGAAAAUCAGCGGGGACUCUGAAGGCGAAGAAAACGACGACUACGACUACGGUGAGGGUGAAGGUUCUCGAGGUGAAUCAUCUGGGGGCCAAAGUACCCCCGACGACGCUGCAACCGAAAGUGAUAAUUAUGGUGCCGAUAAAUCGAUCAAUCCGGCCGCGAUGGAUAAUUUGUUCGACAAAACUUCUUCGUUCGGAGUUUUUGGAAGAGGUCAGCUUCCAAGGAAAGGCAACACCGCCACAGGUUCGCACCUUGAUCCGGAAGAAGACAGUGACGAAGAUGAAGACAUCUACGGGGAAGAGGACGAAGAAGAGGAACAGGAAGAAGAAGGGGGUGAUUUAUUGCCGGUGGAUGGAGCUUUUGAAAGCUUCGGAAAACCGGGUGAACAAUCGGGAGUGAGUAGGGGCGGGGACAGUGGUUUGCCGUACUUUUUGGUGGAACCUCAAAGUACCCAUGUGCUGAGGAACAGACCGGCCAUUUUGAAGUGUAAAGCGGCUAAUGCGUUGCAGGUGCAUUUUAAGUGCAGUGGAAGCCACAAACCACCCCCAUCGACAGAGGAAUCCCACGUGGAUCCGCACACGGGAGUCCAUUUCCAGGAAGUGACGGCAACGGUUUCGCGCGAUUUGGUGUUCGAGUAUUUUGGCAAAUCCCCGUUUAAGUGUGAAUGUCACGCGUGGUCCCCUCGAGGAAAAACCGUCAGCCAGCCGGCAUCAAUUGUUGUUGCUUAUUUGAAAAAAAGUUUCGGCCAUUCCCCCCACCCUCAACUUUCCACAGCAGGAGGAGCAGGAAAACUCCGUGCCGAGCUGGGUCAGAAGGUGGAAAUCCCCUGCGAACCCCCGAAAGGCUACCCGAAGCCUCAAAUCACAUGGUUGAAAAACAAUUUUACCUUCAACCCCAGCGCUCCUGGAAUCACUCAAUUGACCAACGUUGCCCACCAAGGAACAGGGACCAUCGUGAUAAGUGCCGUGAAACUACAGGACAUCGGAAACUACACUUGCGUUGCCGAGAACAUUGCCGGCAAAAGGAUUGCCGAGCCGAUCGAACUAAUCGUUUACGUGAACGGUGGCUGGAGUCAGUGGAGCGCUUGGUUGGAAUGCCGCUGCCCAGGCAAGUCGGCCCAGGGUCGAAAAAGAACUCGAACCUGCAGUGAUCCCAUCCCUCUAUAUGGUGGGGCACCCUGCGUUGGUCCAAACCAACAGAAAACGGCAGAUUGUGUCACUUGUCCUGAAGACACACAAAUCAUCACCCCCAAUGGAUUCGAGGAUAACACAUUCGUCCGUCGAUGGUCUUCCUGGUCCAGCUGGAGUACUUGUACGGCCAAAUGUGUCCAGGUUCGGCGCCGAGUUUGUCGGACUCAUCAGAAUGUGGAAUACUUUGACAAGGCGUUGAUCAAACAUCACCAACAGCUGGCCGCCCUGAUGGAUCCCAGUGGGGCGGCAGGAGAUCUGGAUUCGGAUGCCGGAUUCGGUUGCCACGGCAAGGAUACUCAGUCCAUCGUCUGUCGUGGCAAUGAGUGUCGGAUUGAUGAUACUGCGUCCGAUUGGAUAUUCUACUUGGGACUCGGCUUCAUUGUUACACUGUGUGUAACUUUUUUGGUUUUCCUGCUCCAUAUGCGACACCGCCAGAAGAUUCCCUCGUUCAGCAUCCCUCGAAGAACCGCCGAUGAGCACACUUACGCUCACGAGUUCCAGAAGAAACUGACACACAGUUCCAACGCUCCGGACAUCAACAUUCGUGUUAACAAUUACGAAUACAGCAACGGAAGCACCAUGGAAGCUCCGAAGCUUCCUAGCCAAAACGUUCCGCUGCUGCUAUCACGGUCCAUUUCCACCGAGCAUCACUACGAUGAACCACAAUUUGCUGCAAGCUAUUCGACGCCCAUCGACAGUAAAAGCCACGAGAAUGCUAAUCUGUACCAUCAGCAGAAGCUCUUGCAGCAGCAACAUUUACAAUCGACCGUGCAGUACAAGUCACAUGUGCUAAUCCCGAAUGGUACCGUUGCAUCCGUCACUGCUUCUACUGCUAGCACCGGACGUGCAUCGCCCUCCACCAUCAAUCAGGCAACGAAAACAGCAAGCCUCAAAAAAGGUCAUCUGCAUAAUCACCAUCAACAGCAGCAGCAACAGUUGACAUUACUAAGUCAAACGUCACAGCAGUUGGUUGGACCGUAUCGAAGUGCCGAGUCGCUCAACACCAAUAGUAAUUCGAAUUCUUCCAACUCCACAUACGCAGUUGCCACAACGGAUUCGGUGGACACAUCCACCGGCAGCAACUCAACGAGUGGUGAUCUCCUGUACAAAUCGAACAGCAUGCGGCAAGUAGUCACCUCGGAUGGAGGCUGGCUUGAGCUGGAACACUUGCAGACGUCCCUGUCGAUUCCAGAGGGUGCCCUACCGGAUAAUUUGAAGAUUAACGUAUUUCUUGCCGUCAUGUACGACUGUAAGGAUACCAUCCUGGUCGAGAACCAAAUCACUCACAUUAGUCCGACGAUCGUCUGUGGUCCGGCAAAGAGCAGCUUCUCGAAGCCGCUGAUCAUUAAGGUGCCGCACUGUGCAGAAGACAUCAGUAACUGGAAGAUUUCUCUGUUCUAUAAGGAAGAAGUAACCAAUUGUUGGAAGAAGAUUGCUUCUUCAGAAAAUGAUGUGCCUAGUCCACAGGCUUACAUUCAGCUAGACCUGAAGAACGCUUACAUCAUGACCCGGAGGUUGGGCAAAUAUAUUCUGGGAGGGGAAAACCUUAUGCCGGAGGUUUCUGUUAUGAAAAGGCUGAAAAUCUACAUGUUUGGUCCCAGUAGGAAACCGGAAAUGGAUUUCAACAUUCGUGUUUACAUCCUAGAAGACUACCCGAGUGCCCUGGAACAUUGUUCAUUGAUAGAAAACCGAAUGGGAUACUUCAUGAUUGGUCAGAGUUCUGCGUUCCACUUCAUGAACAACAAGGAAAACCUAUUACUGAGAAUCAACUGCUCCGGAGGCUGGAUAGCGAAGCCAGACAGUGGGAUCCAGCAAAUUCCGUUCAAUCACGUGUGGAAAAACAUGUCCAUUCUUCAUUGUGAUUUUAUGCUACAAAAAUUGGUGGAUGAGAUUCCUUGCCUAAGGGUGGAACUGUCAGCAGAACAAGAAAACGGAGCAAAAGUUUUGAUCACAGCGGUGGCUUUCUCGUGAUAGUACAUCCGGAAGGCACUGGAGAAGUUGAUGACGAUUUGAAAAAUAAAACCUCCACAACGGUAUUCAUUAUCGAAAAAAAAAUCCGAGUCCGCGGAAUGAGUGAUAUUCGAAACCAAUUUAAAAUAAAAUAAACUAAGCAAAUAUUUAUCCCGACAACUGGUGUGUAGUGGAAAGUGUAUUUUAACUUAUUGGUUUCCAAAAACAUUCGUAAUUAUUGCAAUUGAGCAACCCUUAAAAUUGUUCGCAUAAUAAAAAUGUUAUAAAUCCUUUAGUGAUUCGAUAUUUAACGAGAUGGAUUCGUAGUCAAGCCAAACAAAAAAAACAGUAAAGUGUUAAAAAUUCACCCAUUACAAGUAAAAUAUGUAUUUCGCAGUUAGUUUCAAUACAUGCUAUAUUAUGCUGCAGUAUAGAUUUAGAUUUCGAUGAAGACUGACUGUAAAAACAAU